AUGUCCACUCACCUCGCCGCCGUCUGCCUGGCCAAAGGCCAACCUUUUGAGCUCCAGACUCGGCGCACCCCAAAACCAGGACCAGAAGAGCUCCUCAUCGCUGUCAAGUCCGUAGCCCUCAACCCGGCAGACGCCAUAAUGCGUGACGAAGGUCUUUUCAUACCCACAUACCCCACGGUCAUCGGCUUCGACAUGUCAGGCCUAGUUAUCGAAGUCGGCGAGAACGUCCCCACCGGCGCGAGCGGCGAUAAUGUAGGUCCAUCUUUCCGACCGGGUAUCACCCGUAUCGCCGCCUACUCCGCGUCUGUCUGGAAAUCCUGUGAUCCAGACUAUGGCCCAUUCCAGGAGCGGUGUCUCGUCCCCUGGCAGCAUGCUGUGCCUAUCAUGGACGAUCACAUGUCAUGGAACCAUGCGGCAACAUUGCCCGUCGCCGUUGCAGUACCACUUAACGCCUGGGGAAUGAUGGGAGUCCCUCGGCCGGGAGUGGCCAUUGCUUCUGCUUCAGCAACUACUGGCUCUACUGAUACCAGCACCAACGUCGAUGGAGAGAAGCAAGGGAAGAAUAUGGAAAGAGAAGCCCUUCUCAUCUGGGGUGCCUCCUCUAGCGUCGGUACCAUGGGAGUGCAGACAGCCCGGCUGCUGUGUGAGGAUCCCAACUCUCCUUUUGCAGCCGCGUAUGCCACGGCUGGAGAAUCAAACAAGAGCUAUGUGCAAUCUUUAGGCGCAGACCGCGUGUUCGACUACAAGGAUCCGCAAGUUGUGGAUGCGAUCGUGUCAGCUGCUAAGGAGGACGGGUUUGUGAUCCGGCACUGUUUUCUUGCUACUGGGGAGCUGGCGCCAUGCCAGGCUAUUCUUAAGGCAUUUUUCAAAGAUGACCGAGGAGGUAAGAAGACGAACACGGCGAAGAUUAUGUCUGCGCCCAGGAUUCCUGGGGAUGCUGAGGUCGUAGAUGGGGUGGAGACGCUAUUUGUAAUGCCGUCGAUGGUGGAAAGGGAAAGCUUGGAGCAGUUCAGAUACUGGAUUGGGACGUGGCUGGGUGAGAAUCUGGCCAAGGGGACUAUCAGACCGAGUCCUGAGCCGAGCGUCGUGGGGAAAGGCUUGGGGGCCAUCAAUGUCGGGUUGGACAAGCUGCUUCAGGGUGUGAGUUGUACGAAGUUGGUUAUUGAGGUUGAAGAGUGA